AGUUACUAUACGCUGCAAUGUACCUGGAAGAUUGGAAAUGCAGGGAUAAGCCAAGCUGUUGCAUUUGUGUCCUUACCGGACCUCUAUUUGUCUUAUUACAGGCGAGUAUGAUAUGUUUAUACACGCGUAGAAAGGGAAACCUGAGGUAAAAGAUACAGGCGUCUGAGAGUAUUGAUUAACAUGAAUUAAACGAUGAGCCAGUGUUUGGUUCUAAUUGCUCAGUACUCUAAUCCCAGUAAAAAAUAAACAAACAAGCAACGGUUUAGACUAAGUAAAAGAUUAUUUAGAUAGAUGUAAACAAUUGUCGAACCUUAACGCAUUUAUUGGAUUCAUCGGAGAGUCAGGUGAAUAAAUACCCGGAUUACUCAUUUUCUGUGUUAAAGAAUUUUAAUUUCUUCUUUUGUUAAUGGUAGGUGGAGAAGCUUCUUUUGGAUUGUUUCCUGUUUCAAAUCGCUUUAAUUGCUUUUUCUUGAAUUUAAGAGUUUGUCUUGUUUUUGCGAACGGUUGGUCUGAAGUGAUGGACUCACCUCAUUGUCCGUUGAACAACAUAAAUCUGUUAGCAGAGUAUCGGCUCGUUAGCGGUGUUUUUAUAUGCAAAUGAGCUGCAUAGUUUAUGAUGGUAGGGGCUCGCGUUAGCGCAGCUUGGAGGGUGUGGCUAGGGUUUGAGUCUGGACCCGAGUGACUGGUCUCGUAAAGCGGAGGAUCGCGCGCGCGGAGGAGAGUCACGUGAUCAAGAAUCACGCGGUGGAUUCGGUUGCCCUGGCUCGCUCGUAAUCACCUUAAAAUCGGUGUCGAAAUACAAACAAAGUUCCUGAAGCAUUUCUACGACUUCAUACAAAUGUAAACGGGCCCAGCAAGCCGUGAAACAAGUCAAGAAAAUAUUGACAUCGAUUGCAGAUAGAUCGUCUUGUUUUCUUGUAAUAGACCUCCACAGUGUCAUCCGUGACGACAUCGAUAGAGCACACAUCAAUUUCACCAGAGUCACCCAGGAACUCCGUCAGCUUCUCAUGCUCAGUGAAAUCUUGAAUCUGGGUCUUGUUAGGCGCUUUUCGGAGCUUCCCCCAAACAUUGUUAAGGGUAAUUUUUGCCACGCUUCUGAGACCUGUAUUACACUCCAUUUUGUGUCUCAGAGUCUUCCCUUUCCGCAAUCAGCAAGUUAGCCUCGUGCUGUUCAUGAGUUUGCAUCACUUCAUGAUCAAAAAAACACAUGCAAGGGAUCUUCUUCUUCUUCCGGCGUUUUCACUUUUUGAAUGAAACAGCAAUGUUCCAGGACCGGCACAUACUGUUUGCAGCUCCGGCAUUCAUCAUAGCCCCAUUGAUAUAUAUUCAUAUAGAUAUUUGCGCCGAAUAAGUAAUAAAUUAUUAAAUUAUUAUUAUUAUUAUUGAUGCUUUCUAACUUCUUACUGCCUUUCAAUAAUCUCCGACAAUCAGGGCAGAUUUUUCCUCAAUUCACACACACUCGCACACGUCAGUCCUUUACCCCUUUUACCACGAUAAGCGGUCUUCUUAUAGUUGGCAAAACACACUUCUCCAUAGAAAAAAACGAUAGCAGCGUUCACACUGAAGAGUCACGCGACUGGCUCGGUGAAGGUAAUCAGGACAACCAUUCGUUAAACAAGCUGAACAAUGUUCUUUAUUGACAUUGCGUUGAUGUUGGCCUUGAUUACCAUAACCUCGAUAACAAUAGAUAUAGACAUACUUCUUGUCCCAGUAACCUUGGAGAAACUGCGUGAAACCCGCUUGCCUAAAACGUAUCAGAUUAAACGACGCAAAGCGAUAUGAGUUGUACACCCUUCCCCAGUACAAGUAUUAUCGGUUGGUGUUUAACAAACGGGUGGUCGAUCCUGCUGCCUUCAAAACUUACCCGUACUGGUAUUAUGACCCUGAGACUUUCAUGACAAUGUGAUUAAUUAAACGAAUGUAAAUAAUGUUUUAUCUUGUAAAUACACUUUUUUGAAGUCGUUGCGUGGAAGUGAAAAUAGAACAUUUUCCAGUGAUAGCGUGACAUGAUAUAGCGUGACAUUUUUUCCGAAAAAAACUAGUUUGCGUCACCGUGUGAAAAGGGCGGAUAAACAACUAGUGUUUUCCACAUGUCCUGUUGGUAACCGGGUUUGUUUAGUCAAAUUAUAAACAUAGCAGAAUUGUAUAUCGGUAUCAUGAUUUUCUUGGGGGAAGGUUGACUGCGCAUGCGUGGUAGAAACCUCAUGUCUCUCUUUACCGUUUGUUUACACAUGUAAACCUUCCCUCUUUAUUUAUACGGGGAGACGGCAUCCGUCCGACACGAACCCGCUAGUAUCCGAACUCCGACUAGCACACGAACCCUAUCCCGACCAGUACUCGAACUCCGACUAGUAACCGAACACGACCAUAAUCUGACCAGUACCCGAACUUCUACUAGUACCAAGACACGAACCCUAACCCUAGACUAUUGCGAGGAUAGUCCGACCAUAAUUCGAGGGUAGUCCGACGAGAAUCCUAGCCACACCCUCAAAGCUACACUAACGCUAAGCUUAAUACACGAACCAGGCGCGGUCGCAUGACCUUCCCCGGCGCGCGCGACCCCACGCUCUAAUCCUGGCCACACCCAAAAAACAGCUUCAGUGCUAGCCUCAUUUCCAUCCCGGCACACUACGACACUUUCAGUACUGCAUCCCAAAUGUGACCUGAACGCCCGGAUACCCUGCUUCUAUUGUUUGAAGAAGGUCGUUUGAAGGUAUUUUAUAUCGUCUGAUUUUUUUUUUUCGUACAGCGAGUACAUUAAGGUAAUUGAUGGUAACGGUAUCACGGUUCUCAGUCGCUAUGGAUACUCGUCUGCAACUCAGAAAACUUUCCGGAAAGUUUCAUUUGGAAAUUCUGGGAACAUCACUGUGCAGAUCUACCUAAGGCGAAGCUACAGUAACUUCAGGCUACAAUUUGGAAUUUUAAAACAAGGAUUCCAAUCAGGUUAGCAUUUCUGUUACAGCUAAACUCAUUUUAUAUGUAAUAUUUAUAUAUUUACAUACGCUUGUCUGCGAAUAAAAAAAAAAAAGGUAACAUUCAUAACGAUAGCUAUGGAAAUAUUGGAGAUAUUGAGUGAAAUGCCCCUAUUUACAAAACCGAUUACAAUAUGAUCAUAACAAAAGUGAAUCAAGUAAUCUUGUACUAUUCAAGCCUGUGGGUGUAUAAGAACAAAAACUAGCGUGGGCUUAAGGCAGUUAAAGUGUCUCUGUAUGCAACUAUAUAUUUUUUGUUUAACUGUUGUUGUUGUUUUAUUAUGGCGGAAUUUCUCAAGGUUUUCAUCUUUUCUUUUUUUUCUGCUUAAGUGUUUUUGGUAAGACAUUUCUGUGACGUGAAUAUGAUAGUUUAUAGGUAACGACCAAUCAUAGCACCCUCAGCGUGCACUACACUGUAUGAAACUUAAUAGUUCGGAGGGUGUUAUUCGCUGUACCGAUGAAGGAUGAGACGCAUGAAAUCUUAUAAUAUUCUAUUUUCAAAACCUUAAGAUAAAUAACUCGAAACAUUUAUUUGAUCAUUUACUCAUUUUUAUUUUAUUUUAUUUUAUUUGUAUUUUUAUUUCCAUUAAUAUUUACUGUAUAUAACACAUAUAACUCACACUCCAUUUGGAAUAUAUGGCAAAACGGAAGGUAGAAUUCCGCUUAUUUGUGCUUCGAGCCACUUUUAAAUGCACAUAAAAGCCUGUCCCGAAGGGGGCAGGUUAAAAAACAAAUGACGUAAUCCCAUGGAGUCCAUACACAAGCACCUGGUCCCAAGAUCGAUCUUCCGCAUCUUUUUUUCUGCUGUGCUUCGAAACUACCACAAGUAAAUGAAUCUUUACCGUACUUUUUUCCUUAUUUUUUUUCCUUUUUCACCUAUAGCUACACCUCCUCGAUAGGGAGGAAAUCUUUGGAAGCUGUUUGUUUUCAAACUGAUUUGACCUUUCUGGUCGUAGGAAACGAUUACAAGACGAAGACGGUUUCAUCACUCGUCUUCGCGUUCCCGCUAUCGCGAACGCUUGCACUCGACAAACAGUUUUCCGCCUAAAGGGCGGAAAACUCCGGAUUCUGUGCCUCCAGCAGCCGAAGGCAUAUCUUAGCUUUUAUCCUGUCUACGUUACAGCAAAUUAAAACAGACAUGGCGAAGACCAGUGAUUGCUUUUCCUCCAUCGAGCCUCGCUUCGGGCAACACUGAGGAAAUCUCCCGGUAUUACAUGAUGAUCAAAUUUCGGUUCUGGCCUAUUCCUAUAGGGAACUUGAUUAUUCUGAAGAAUGUGUGCCGUUGGCUACUGAGCCCCAAACUGAGGCUACUCAGCCAAAACACCAGGAUAUUAGGCCAUCAAAGGAGACAAACGUCUCCCAAUCAUCCGAAGGCUCCCAAGCACACUUGGUGGCCAGCAACAAAUCUCCUUUAUACAAUCCUGACUCCGCCCAGUUCUUAUGGGAACCCACAAGGGAACUGGCUUCCUUCAUAGAUAAACAAUUCCGUAGAAAAAUGAGUUAUGAUCGGGUUUAUGAAAUCCUGGACAAUUACAGUAUCACUUCUGUGGAUUUUCUCAUAACAUAUAAGACUCAACAACUUCCUAGAGAAGUGGAAACAGAUAACUGAAGACCCAGAAAUUUUAAACGUUGUUUCGGGACAUCGAAUCCCAUUCCGCUCUAUUCCUCUUCAACUUCACAUUCCUGUCACAAAAUGAUCGGAUUCAAGAGCUUCUCUUAUACAGAUGUAGAUGCAGAAGCGCUGAAGCUCCUAUCAUUGAGGGCAAUUAAAAAAAUACCCUUUAACUCAGCUAAUAAUGGACCUCUUACAGCAGCUUGGCUUCGCCAUAAACUAAGAAAGUCCCUUCUAGACCCCAGCAGCUCGCGAAGUGGCAAACUUCAUAGGCACCUUGGAGGAUGCUUGCCCCGCCAUCUGGAAGGCCCCUCUUUAUUAGAGGCACUUACAAAUACAGCUCAUAAAGUAUCUACAUCUUUCUGCAUCUUUCGCUCACAAGGUUAUAGAGGAUCAUGAAACCAUGUGCUUGUGCCGGGGUUCCAUAGGAUUACCAUUUGUUUUUUAACCUGUCUCCGGUCGGGAGAGGUUUUUAUAAGCGUUUAAAAGUGGUUCGAAGCACAAAUAAGCGGAAUUCUACCUGAUGUUUUGUCAUAUAUUUGUCACUUCGUUUGUUUAUAUAAUUUCAAUUAUACUGGCAAGCGGCCCUGGUAUACGUGGGAUAUAUAUAUUUUUUUAAUUGCUUUUUUGUUUAUUUCUAGCAUUUCCACUGCCUAACUGGAGCUUGUCCAUUGUCAACGCUACUACGACGAGCAUCCGAUUCUCUUGGCAAAACCUGCAAACACUUGUUGGUCAACUAAUUAGUCAUUACUUUGUAGUCGUC